CCCACCCCGGUUGCCUAGGCGACGAGGGCUGCUUCCUCUAGCGGUAAUAUGACAGGGUCGUCGGGAGCGACCCCAGGGGCGGUGACUCCAGCAGGCAGCACAGCUGACUCUGAGAAAAAUACUGAAUUCCAGGAGAAUGAAAAGAUUCUGUCUCCAGAUUUUCUCUCAGUUGACCAGAUCACUGACCUGCUGGAAGAACCAAAUGUGGAUGGAAUUCAAGAAAAAAUGAGUGUAUUUCUGAAUUUUAAAAAUCUCCAGACUUGUUUAAGAGAUGCCAUUCUCCUAGACUACUACGUGUCCGGGUUCUUUUGGGCCAAAGGCAUGGACUUUUCUAUUGACCAACAUUCAAAAUUCAUGACUUUGCUGGACAUGUUACUGCACAAUCUUCAAACACUCCACAUGUCCUUAGAGGACAGCAUCAAGUGGCUUGGGGAAGUGAUGGCGGAGAUCGGACCUAACCAUUCACGGAAGAAUGCGGAGUCGCACGUCUUUGAUGUCAAAGAAGCCAACGCCAUCACUGAUUACCUGAAAAUCAGCUUAUUCCAGCACUAUAGACUCUACGAGUUUAUGUUCUACUCAGCCAGAGAAGAAAUUGUCAUUGGAACUGAGCAAACCAUAGAAGUUGUCAAGCCUGCAGACUACCCUUUCCCAGCCCCACUGGAGGAAGGAAUCUCUGUGGAUCUCUAUUCAAACUUCAUAGAUCGAUCGCUGCCAACACCGGAGACUGAACCGAAGGUACCGGAUCAAGAGCAGAGCCCUCAGGAGGCCCAGCCGGAGGCUGAAACGGCAGAGGUGGAUCCUUUAGUGGGCUUCACCAUUGAUGAUGUAAAAUCAGCAUUGGCUCGCGUGACGGAUGAGGUUUUGUUGAACAUUCAGAAGGAGAUAAACGAAAAACUGCAAGCACAGGAAGAGGCCUUCAGUGCACGAAUAGAGAAAUUGAAAAAGACCUGAGGACUCAAUACGAGCAAAGGGAUGCCGAACUUCAGAGAAACAAACAAACCCGCCGGAAUAAUAGACUCUCUGGAGUGUUGUGGCGUCUCCAUGCAGCCGUGAAAGGAAAGCCCACUUUCCUCUAUCCCGACUGAUGAGCCACGCCUUGUCCUGCCUCCCCUGUCCCACACCCACCUCCGAGUUUGCCGAGCUAAAGGCAAUAGCACUGAUUUGUGUGCAGGAGUUUGGACCAUUACGUGUGAAAAUACAAUGACCGUUAGGAUGGCUCUAUGUCAUUUUGACUAAUAAAUACGACUCCUCGUCUAUGGGAAUGAAACCAGCCUUUUGAAAUAAC